UUUGCUUUCAUUUCACUGUCAAAAUUGUAGAUUUGUAUCUAUAGGAACCCCCUUUCCCCUCUCCUUCAACCCCUUUCUCCUUACCUUUUUCUUUCUUCUUUUCCCCUUCACCCAUAUCCUCCAUUUUCUCAUCCCAAUAGAUCCUCUUAUGCACACACACACAUAUAUAUAUACAUGUCUCAACUACUAUAUACAUAAACCUUGUGAGGCUAAACCAAGCACUUAGAGUACUCUAGAGAAUACAAAUUUUAUUCUAACAGAUCAGAAAACUGAAAAUUUUUUGAGUAUGACAGAACCCUACUAUAAUUUCUUCACAGGAGGAUGGUUCAACUUCCUUCCUCUCCAUCAACAAUAUAUUUCUUCUUCCAACUUUUGCUACAACAAAGAAAUUGCACCUCCUCCUCCUCCUCCUCCUUCACCACCACUAAGAGAAGCUCUUCCCCUUCUCAACAGUAAUAACUACUACUCUUGUGAGAGUAGUACUACUACUUUCUCUCAUGAGGAAAACAACAACAAUAACAGUAAUUGUAAUAUUAAUGAGAAUGUGAGUGUUUCCCUACAUAUAGGGCUUCCAAGUUCAUGUGAAGGAGUGGUAGAUAGUGGAGGAGGAAAUAAAGAAGAUCAAUUUGAUGUGGUCAUGUCUAAUAAUACAACAUCAUCACUAAUUAAGGGACAGUAUUGGAUCCCUACACCUUCUCAGAUUCUCAUUGGUCCAACACAAUUCUCUUGCCAUCUUUGCUACAAGACUUUCAACAGAUACAACAAUCUUCAGAUGCAUAUGUGGGGGCAUGGAUCUCAAUACAGAAAAGGGCCAGAAUCCCUAAGAGGGACACAACCAAGUGCAAUGCUAAGGCUGCCAUGUUACUGUUGUGCACAUGGCUGCAAGCACAACAUUGAUCACCCAAGAGCAAGACCAUUAAAAGACUUUAGAACCCUUCAAACACAUUACAAAAGGAAGCAUGGUGCCAAACCUUUCAUGUGUAGGAAAUGUGGUAAGCCUUUUGCAGUGAAAGGUGAUUGGAGAACUCAUGAGAAGAAUUGUGGCAAGAUUUGGUAUUGUAUUUGUGGAUCUGAUUUCAAGCAUAAGAGGUCUCUAAAAGAUCAUAUCAAGUCCUUUGGACGCGGCCAUGGCGCUGUUGGGGUGCCUAAUCUUGAGGACUUAGAGGAAGAUUCAACGUCUGAGAUUGAACAAGAUUUAAUAUUGUGAAUUGUUUAGAGUUCAGUGCUAAGAACUUUAAAGGCUAGAAACAUUGUUUGCCCUCAGAUGAGCUAUAUCCUGUCUUUGCUUUUGCUAUAUCCAAAUUCACUCUUUCUAAAGUUUAAUUUGUUCUCUAUUUCUCUUUUGUAUGAGAAAUGUAAGGUUUCUGUAAAUGAUUUAUUUUCUAGUUAUGUAAUAUAAGAUGUGUAUUAUUUCAAUGUUCUACUAAAAACUGCAGUUUGUUUC